AGCUUGUGAGUGGUCAUCGGUGGACGAAUCGUGGUCCUGGCGCAUUUUCAGUAAUUGGUGAUUGGAGAUCUCCGAAUAUUACUCUGAUUAUUGGUUACCGUGUUUUUAAUAACUUUGCUCGCGGCUAAUGUUUUUAUUUAGUGAUCCAAAACAUUAGGAUUAGCAUAAAUAAACUAAUUUUGUGGUUCCAAAUUCCCGAGGUCGUGGGUUCGCUGCCUGUUAUACAAGAUGUCGGUAUGCUUCUUUGUGCCAACCGAGCAAGCGGGCACGUCGGCGGGCUCUGACGACAACGAACUGGAAUGUAUAGAGGAUGCGCCCGCUGAGAACAUCCAGAACACGCUGCAGGCCUUCUGGGGCAAGGUCAAUGAUGAUAUGAAGAAGAUCACUUCGGAGGACUUCAAAACGCAAGUGCUGCCCCUGGCGCGGAUCAAGAAGAUAAUGAAGCUGGACGAGGAGGUGAAGAUGAUAUCGGCGGAGGCGCCCGUGCUGUUCGCCAAGGCGGCCGAGAUCUUCAUCCACGAGCUGACGCUGCGCGCCUGGUCGCACACCGAGGACAACAAGAGGAGGACCCUGCAGCGCAACGACAUAGCAAUGGCUAUAUCGAAGUCGGACCAGUUCGACUUCCUCAUCGACAUCGUGCCCCGACACGAAGUGAAGCCGAGCAAGCCGCGCGACGACCCGCCGCGGAGCGCGCCGCCGCCGGACCCGAUGCCGCAGCAGCAGGCGGCGCAUUCCACCCACCAGCAGUACGUAGUACAGUCCAGCGGUCAAGUUGUUCAGCAACCGGUGCCAAGUCCGCCCGCCAGCUCGAGUCAGCAGAGUGUUCUAGUGCAGCAGGUAGUUUCCUCCGCAGACAUGCCUACUAUGACUCAGUCGCGGCCGACGGCGGUGAGCGCCGGCCAGCAGCCCGUCACGCUGGUGCAGCAGAUCGUCAACCCGGCGGGGGAGGUGCAGAACGUGCCUAUCCUGCUCACGCAAGCGCAGCUCAACAUGAUCCGGCUGCAAGUGCAGAACAACCCGAACCAGCCCAUCAUCAUACAGGCUCAGCCGGCGCAACCCACGCCCCAGAUCAUACAGGUGCCAUCUCAAACGCCGCACCAGCCGCACCAGAUUUUCGUAGCACAAGUCUCCGGCCCGGAGGAGAGCUAGUGCAAACUGAAAAUUAAGGUGAAAAGAGAACAUUCGCCAUAAGGACAAAGUGUACAGUGACAUUGACAAGUUGUGUGAUACGGUUAAGGUGUUAGAUAUCAACAAAUUAUUUAAGUGUGUAAAUUAAAUGGUUCGGAAUAAUAUAGAGGUAUACAAUUUAAA